CUCUACGCGCAUACGCCUGACGUCAGCUGAGAAUCGAUUACAUAUCCCGUGAUGCACUGAUUUUCCAAAGAUGGACGGACGGGCGUACGGAGCUGGUAAAGCCAUACAAGGCAUUGACCCUCUUAGGGUUAUAAAAAAGCCACGUGUGAUACUGAGGCUAGUAUCGUUGCUGUUUUCCAUCAUCGUGUUUGGCUGCAUCUCAUCACAGGCGUGGUACACAGAUAAGGAAGGCUACACAUGGUGUCAAUACAACCAUGACUCAAACGCCUGUUCUUUCGGGGUCGCGGUUGGCGUCAUUGCUUUCCUCGGCCUCAUACUGUUUCUUGUCUCUGACGUGAUCUUCGAAAACCUGUCCAGCAUCAAGACAAGGAAACACAUUGUAAUUGCUGACAUGGGCAUCUCUGGGCUGUGGACCUUCAUGUGGUUCAUCUGCUUCUGUUACCUGACAAACGCUUGGAGCCGUUCCGUUGUGGAGAACCUACCAAGAGAUGGAUCUGGCCGGAAUGGUGUGCAGGGUGCAAUAACAUUCUGUUUCUUUUCCAUAUUUACUUGGGCUGGAAUGACGUUCUUCGCUGUCAAGCGUUUCCGCGAGGGAGUCAGCGCCACCUUCAUGCCCGGGUACGACCAGGACGCCUGGGGCACCAGCCCACAGCAGGGGGCAGCACCUGCCUCCUCUGCCUAUCCCGGUGUAGGUGACUCCCAGACUCCGUACCAAGAGCAACCUUUCGGAAGUAGACCAGCUGGUGGAAUGGGUGGGGUCGUGACCCCUAGUGCGAAUGCGAUCGAGAAAGUACAAUUUCCUACAGACUUGCAGCAGCUAUCCCCUGCACAGGUGGUGAGAGCUGGCGAUCAUUCGACACUCUCGAUGUCCGGUGGCGCGAGUGCCAACGCCGUGAGCCCGAAUGCACCCUACUAUGCCUAA